AUGUUCUUUGUUAGAGUGAUUUAAUAGAAUGUUAUUUUAUAAGCAGAUAAUAGAAUAUUUUGGAUAACAAAAUAAUAAAAUUAUUCCUAAAUUGACAGGUUAAUCUUAAAUAUUGAUGUAUUAGAUAGAAAAAUCUUCAUUGUAUCUAAGAAUAAUGUUCAAAUUUAUUACUAUAAUGAUUCAUUCCAUUAUCUUAAUGUUGUUAUUAAUUAAACAAUAUUGAAGACUUUGGAACCUUUAGCAAAUAAAUCAUUUGAAAUUAUUGAUGCUUAAUUUGCUAAAUAAAAUUAAUUAGUGCUUUUAGAUAAUUAUAUGGAGUCAUAAUCUUAGAGAGUUGUACUUUAGACUCAUUUUCAUUAGUGCAUUAUCAUAAUUACUCUUAUUACUCAACUUAUUAUGCUCAUUUGA